AUGUGCGGGGUGCUGGGCGGCGCCUUGGAGCCGGCGCAGGGUGAUGCAGGCCCCUUCGCUGCGGCAGUCUCCCUGCCGCCUCCGGCAUUCGAGCCGCUGCCCGUGCCUGCCGCCGAGGUGCCGCUGCCUGCGGCUCCGGCGCUGGAGCCGGCUCAGGCUGCUGCCACCCCCGUCGCCGUGGUAGCCUCCCAACCGCCUCCGGCAGCGGAGCCGCUGCCCGUGCCUGCCGCCGAGGUGUCGCUGCCUAGGGCCGAGGCCGCCGCCUUUGUGUUUGCACCGCUGCCGAACAUCAGCGCCGGGGAUUACUGCGCCUGCACGGCAGACGGCGUGAGCGGUGGCAGCAACACCACAGCCGUCGGCUGCGGCCAGUGGCUGCUGUCCCAGGGGAGCAACGCCUGGAUCUGUUUUGUCAGGGAGCCUUCGCUGUGCUACCAGGGCAUGGCGCUGACGGUGGAGCCACGCUUCCCUGGCGCCGCGUACCGCAGCUGCCCGCCGCCUGCCCCCGGCAGCACCGCCAGCAGCACCGGCGAGCCGCUGCCGACGGUCGGCGGGGUGCUGAGGAGCGCCCCGCAGCUGUCCACCCUGUCCGAUGCGCUUCGCGCCGCCGACCUGCAGCGUGUGGCGGGAGACCAGGUCACAGUGUUUGCGCCCUCCAAUGCCGCCUUCACCUCCGCGCUGCUCUCCGGCCGGCUGUGGGAGCUGCUGACGCCCAACCAGGCGGCGGCCGUCGCCAGCGGCGGCACGUCUGGCACCGGCGGGCCCGUCGCGGCCGCCAUGCAGCAGCUGCUGCUGGAUCACCUGGCUCCGGGCCGCCUGCUGGUGGCUGACCUCGAGCGCCUGGCUGCCGCCGACGGCAGCGCAGGCGCGCCCGGACCAUCGGCCGCCGUGGUGGCAGCCAGCGAUGGCGCCGCCGCUCAGGGGAGCGCCUUCCUGACGAUGCUCAGCGGCAGGCAGGCACUGGUCACCACACAAAACGGCUCCGUUACUGUGGGCAAUGCCAGCAUCUCUCUUCCAGACCUGCAAGCCAGCAACGGUGCAGUGCACGUGAUGCAGAGCCUGGUGCAGACGGUACCGUCAGCUGCACCGCCACCCAGCGAAGCAGCGCCAAGCGCCGAGCCGCCACCUGCGCUCCCAGUGCCGCCACCUGCGGCCGAGCAGGCAGCUCCUGUGCUUGAGGCCCCGCUUCCCAGCCCCUUCCUGCUGGAGGCUCCUCCGCUGGCCGAGGAGGCUGCUGUCUUCAGGGCAGCGCCUGUGGUACUGCCGCCGCCUGCAGCUCCCUCGCCAGCGCCGCCCUUGCCCGCUCCAGUACCAGAGACCCCUGCGGUGCUGGCGCCACCAGCGCCAGCACCAGAGAGUGUGGCUGGCAGCUGCGCCACCGAGGCCGCCACCGACCUGGCAGGCGGCGACCUGCCCGAUGACGGCCAGCUCAGCGGGCCGCAGCGCCGCGUGGCCGACGUCGCCGCCUGCUGCGCCAAGUGCCUGGCGCGGGCAGACUGCGCUGCAUGGGUGUUUGGAGACACCAGGGGCUGCCCCAAUUGCUGCUUCCUCAAGGCCGCCACGGGCUGGUCCCGCCAGCCCUCUGCGGCACUGGUGGCGGGCACUGUGGCGAGUCGGGGGGUGGCACCCGCCGCUGCUGCAGCACAGUCUCCCUCGCCCCCGCCGGCGCCACAGCAGCCGCCGCCGCCCUCACCCUCGCCGUCUCCCUCGCCGCCGCCGCCACCACCGCCCAGCCAGCAGGCUGGCGGCGCGGCUGGCAGCUGCGCCACCGAGGCCGGCACCGACCUGGCAGGCGGCGACCUGCGCGACGACCGCCAGCUCAGGGGCCCGCAGCGCCGCGUGGCCGACGUUAAAUCCUGCUGCGCCAAGUGUGUGGUGCGGGCAGACUGCGCUGCGUGGGUGUUUGGCAACGCUCCGGGCUGCCCCAACUGCUGCUUCCUGAAGGCAGCCAGCGGAUGGAGCCGCCAGCCCUCCGCGGCGCUGACGGCCGGCACCGGGCUGGUGGUCUCCACCAGUUCCGAGCCAGAUGAAGGAGCCUGCUGCCAGAGGUGCCGUGCGCACCCCACCUGCAACGCGUUUGUCUACUGCCCCCAGCCUGGCGGCUGCAUGGGCGGGACGCUCUACCCUUCCCGCCUGUGCUCCCUGAAGCAGCAGCCCGCCGACGCCAGCGGCCGGCCCGACUUGGCCUCCUACGGCUCCGGCCCAGAGGUGCCCUGGACGUCCGGGUGGAUCGCCAAAGGCGGCGCCAGCGUCUCACCAACCCCGGCGCCUGCCGCAGCCUCUGCCUCAGACUCGGCCUCAGCCUCAGCUUCUUCCUCAUCCAGCGGCAGGGUGCAGCUGCUGCCGUGA